UAUAAGCAUAGGCGAAUCAAAUACUGGUGGGUGCAAACUAAUAACUCACCGGUUGUGAAUCUUGUUGUCGAGGGGGCUGAUUUUGGACGGGAAUUGUCUGGAGGUACUUCAGCUACACAUACGGAGGUACUGAUGUUUAUAAGAGCUACCACGAGUCAGCGGACGUGAUGUUCAACACUAUUGUUUAGAUAGCCAUAAGAAGACAACUUUCAAGAACCGGCACUCGUAAGCAUAUCAAAAUGGAGAGCACCACAGUUGAGAACAACACCUCGGAGAACAACACUCAGGAGGACACAAAUACUGAAGUCAACAACAUGGAAAACAACAAGACACCCAGUGAAAGCUCUAAGACAACUGAAGAGGAUGGCCUCCCUUCGCAAGUCAGACGGUCCCAGUCAAUGUCCAGUUUCACAGACAGUCUCGAAACCGAUGACCAGAGUCUGGAGCAGGUCGAUAUUGACGACUCCAAACCAAGGAAAAAGACGUCAAAACUUCCGGUAAAAACUAAACCCAAGCUUGAACGUUCCGCAACAGAAAACUGUAACAGCCAUGCUACUGGACAUUCCCAUGACUGUGGAAGUGAGGUGUGUGGGAAAGGUAAGGGGAAUAAAUCCGGGAAACAGCUGAGGAGGGAUUGCAACAGUCUUGACUGCAACUCAGUCGUGCAUCAUGCGCCAACAAAGGAAACAAUCACCAGCAGGAUGAGGAUAGAGAAGAGCCAUCUUGAACAUGGACUCGAGGCUAACAAGGACGACUACUUAACCCCGACACAGAGAAAGGGGCAGACAAUCAGAGAUCUUAAGAAACAGGUUAAAGAACUGGAGAAGACUCUGGAAGAGAAGAAUGGAGAAGUGAACAGUCUGAGACAGAGCAUCGGCAAGGAAGCGCAGAAUAUUCUGGACACGAAGAAUGAAGAGGUGAAACAAAUCAUGGACAAUCUAGAAACUAUGGCGACCAAAUAUGACGACCUCACGUUGUCUUAUGAAGAAUCUGUGAAAGCUGUCAAUGCUCUAGAAACUACGCUUCAAGGACUUCGAGAGUCCGCAGAAUCAAAGGAAUUGCACCACAAGAAAAUGUACCUGGAAAUGUACGAGAAAGGCAGGAUGUCCGCCAGAUUCGAGAGGGAGGAUGAGUUGGAGAUGUUGGUGAAGUCAGGGAAGGAGAAGGUGACGAUGACGGAGAUGAUGAAGAAGCUGUCUGAAUCUCAGGCGGAGCUGGCCAAGUGGCAGAGUCUGAGACGUGAGGAGAUGUAUGAGGUUGCUGAGAAGCCUGAGACAGAGGCUGAGACGACUCUCAGGUUUCUCAAAGAUUCCUUCUUUCACUUCCUGAGCACCGACAAGGAUUCGGACGACCAUCUCAGAGCAAUGAUCCAAAUCUUUAACUUCAGUGAUGUUCAGAAGAAGAAGAUCACUAAAGGCUUGGCUGAGAAAAGAAAAUCGAAAUCGAAAACGUGAUUUCGGGGAGUUGUACUUCUUCCAAAUGGCUUGUACUAUAUAGGCCUUGAGACUUAUUUUGCAGUUGUGAGUAGGGAAGCUCGUUUCAGUUCCAUGAAGAGCAUCAUCCAUCAUUUUCGAGGUGUACUUCAUUAUGAAGGUUCUGUGUUUAUCUGUCGAUACCCUUUCAUCAAUAGCAUUCCAUGUUUUGUGUCUGUGACCUUUUCUGAUUGUACGUUUCCAUUUUUAAGAUAGAUUUGGAACUUUUACGUAUCUCGAGAUCAUUUCCCACCAUUUAAGUAUCUGCUAGGAAACAAUUAUAAGUCAUUCUAGCUUCAGCUUAUUACACGGUGGGUUUUCAAAUGGUUAGCUUUGUAAAUUCAUUGUAAAUACAUACUUCAUGUAAUCUGUAUAUAGUGCUACCUUGUUAAUCCGGACGUCGCGUUACCCAUAAGAUGUUCCAGGAUCACGACAAAUGGAAUAUGGAAUUUGCUUAGUCUGUCAUCGUCCGGGAGAUGAACAUUCGGCAUAAACUGAAACGUCCGGCACACCGAGGGUUUUCAGUUUUUACUAAGGUUGCAUGUCUGAAGUUUCCAUCACACACUUAAGUAAGAAUACAUGUGGUUUGUGAAAGACA